AUGAAAGGUGUGGAGGGGGAGGAGGAGAAGGAGGCAAACGAGGAUGGUGAUUCAGAGAUGACGAGUAAGUGCUUUGGGGAUGGGAGUGGGGAAGGGCGGAGCUUGGGCAGGGGCAAGAGGGGCGGCGGCGGGGGGGAAGCGCGUCGCCAGGGGAAGCGGGCGAAGGUUGACGUGGCGGAUGGCGUUGCGGAAGGCCAACUUACCCAAAAAGACCCUACGUGCUUCUACUGCCAAAAGGCGGCCGGUCAAGACGCGAAGGAUGAGCUCAUGUACUGCGCGGACUUCGACUGCAACCGCCGCGUGCACAUGAAGUGCUGCACCCCUCCGCUCAAGGAGCGGUGCGUGGACGCCGGCAAGGACACUGCGUGCGAGGACCCUUGCCUAGCCUGCGGGAGCAACGACCGGGACGACCUGAUCCUUGUCUGCGAUAGGGACAAGUGCUACAGCUACUUCCACUGCUACUGCCUGCCGCAGCCCAUGGACACGCCUCCGGAGGGGGCGUACGUGUGCCCGCUGUGCACGGGAGAGGAGCUGGAGAGAGGCCUGGUCAUCGCCAAGAGGUCUGGCGGAACCCGCCUCCCUCGCGUUGUCCCGCCCAGGAAGGUCAAGGACGAGAUUGAAGGGAAAAAGAAGCGGAGGUGCAGCUCGUGCUUGAUGGGGUGCGCGUCUCAGCCCAUGUGGGCUUGCGGCAGCGGGAAGGAGCUGUGCAAGGGGAUGUUGUUCCACCGCAAGUGCUUGGCGAGGGGCAAAGGUGCGCGGUGGGCCGGGGGGGG